CUCUGCCUUCCCCGAUGGCACAAGUCCCAGGGGAGGUGGACAACAUGGACGGCCCAGCAGCUUCCAACAACAACAACAACCCUGCAGCCCGCUGGGAGAGCCCUGACAGGGGCUGGGAUCGCGAGGCUCCGGCAGCGGCCAACGCGGCUGCUUCACUCUUUGAGUGCUCUCGGAUCAAGGCCUUAGCAGACGAGCGAGAGGCUGUGCAGAAGAAAACCUUCACCAAGUGGGUGAAUUCGCACCUCGCCCGCGUGGGCUGCCACAUCGGGGACCUGUAUGCAGACCUUCGGGAUGGCUUCGUGCUCACCCGGCUCCUGGAAGUGCUGUCGGGCGAGCAGCUGCCGAGGCCCACCCGCGGCCGCAUGCGGAUCCACUCCCUGGAGAACGUGGACAAGGCCCUGCAGUUCCUGAAGGAGCAGCGUGUGCACUUGGAGAACGUGGGGUCACACGACAUCGUGGAUGGGAACCAUCGGCUGACGCUGGGGCUGGUCUGGACCAUCAUCCUUCGCUUCCAGAUUCAAGUCAUCAAGAUUGAGACCGAGGACAACAGAGAGACCCGCUCAGCCAAGGACGCUCUGCUCUUGUGGUGCCAAAUGAAGACAGCUGGUUACCCCGAGGUAAACAUCCAGAAUUUCACCACCAGCUGGAGAGAUGGCCUGGCCUUCAAUGCCCUCAUUCACCGUCACAGGCCUGAUCUGGUGGAUCUCAGCAAACUCACCAAGUCCAACGCCAACUACAACCUGCAGAGAGCGUUCCGCACAGCCGAGCAGCACCUGGGGCUAGCGCGUCUGCUGGACCCCGAAGACGUGAACAUGGAGGCUCCGGAUGAAAAGUCCAUCAUCACCUAUGUGGUCUCCUACUAUCAUUACUUCUCCAAGAUGAAGGCUCUGGCUGUGGAGGGAAAGCGGAUUGGGAAGGUCCUGGACCAGGUGUUGGAGGUGGACAAGAUCAUAGCGCGCUACGAGGAGCUGGCGGCCGAGCUGCUCGCCUGGAUCCACCGCACCGUGGGCCUCAUCAGCAACCAGAAGUUUGCCAACUCGCUGAGUGGGGUCCAGCAGCAGCUGCAGGCUUUCACCGCCUACUGUACGCUGGAGAAGCCCGUCAAGUUUCAGGAGAAGGGGAAUUUAGAGGUGCUGCUCUUCAGCAUUCAGAGCAAACUGCGCGCCCACAACCGGCGCCUCUUUGUGCCUCGGGAAGGCUGUGGCAUCUGGGAUAUUGACAAGGCCUGGGGCGAGCUGGAGAAGGCGGAGCAUGAGCGAGAGGCGGCCCUCAGAGCUGAACUCAUCCGACAGGAGAAGCUGGAACUCUUAGCUCAAAGAUUUGACCACAAGGUGGCCAUGAGAGAGAGCUGGCUUAAUGAGAACCAGCGCCUGGUCUCCCAGGACAACUUUGGAUAUGAGCUGCCAGCCGUGGAGGCCGCCAUGAAGAAACACGAAGCCAUCGAGGCGGACAUUGCAGCCUAUGAGGAGCGGGUUCAGGGAGUGGCGGAGCUAGCCCAGGCGUUGGCAGCUGAAGGCUACUAUGAUGCCCGGCGGGUGGCAGCCCAGCGCGACAGUGUCCUUCGCCAGUGGGCCCUCCUGACUGGGCUGGUAGGUGCCCGGCGGACCCGGCUUGAGCAGAAUCUGGCCCUGCAGAAGGUCUUCCAGGAGAUGGUCUACAUGGUAGACUGGAUGGAAGAGAUGCAGACCCAGCUGCUGUCUCGGGAGUGUGGGCAGCACCUGGUGGAGGCCGACGACCUGCUGCAAAAGCAUGGACUGCUGGAGGGGGACAUUGCCGCCCAGAGUGAGCGAGUGGAGGCCCUCAACGCUGCGGCCCUGAGGUUCUCCCAGCUGCAGGGUGAGUCUGGGGAACGCAGGCGGAUGGAGGCUUUCACGGUGGAUGCUGAUAAGGGCCUGCGGCGGGAGAUCCAAGCUCACGGGCCGCGCUUGGAGGAAGUGCUGGAGCGCGCGGGUGCGCUGGCCUCGCUGCGCAGCCCGGACGCCGAGGCCGUGCGCCGUGGCCAGGAGCAGCUGCAGAGCGCUUGGGCCGGGCUGCGGGAGGCGGCCGAACGGCGGCAGCAGACGCUGGACGCCGCCUUCCAGGUGGAGCAGUACUACUUCGACGUGGCGGAAGUGGAGGCUUGGUUGGGCGAGCAGGAGUUGCUCAUGAUGAGUGAGGACAAGGGCAAGGAUGAACAGAGCACCCUGCAGCUGCUCAAGAAACACUUGCAACUGGAGCAGGGCGUGGAAAACUAUGAGGAAAGCAUUGCGCAGCUGUCGCGCCAGUGCCGGGCGCUACUGGAGAUGGGACAUCCAGACAGUGAGCAGAUCAGCAGGCGACAGUCUCAGGUGGAUCGCCUCUAUGUGGCGCUCAAGGAGCUGGGUGAAGAACGCAGGGUGAGCCUGGAACAGCAGUACUGGCUAUACCAGCUCAGCCGCCAGGUGGACGAACUGGAGCACUGGAUAGCCGAGAAGGAGGUGGUGGCUGGCUCACCGGAGCUGGGUCAGGACUUCGAGCAUGUGUCGGUGCUACAGGAGAAAUUCUCAGAGUUCGCCAGCGAGACCGGAACCGCGGGGCGAGAGCGGCUGGCAGCGGUCAACCAGAUGGUGGACGAGCUGAUCGAGUGUGGCCACACGGCAGCGGCUACCAUGGCUGAAUGGAAGGACGGGCUGAAUGAGGCUUGGGCCGAGCUGCUGGAGCUCAUGGGGACUCGGGCCCAGCUGCUGGCUGCCUCUCGGGAGCUACACAAGUUCUUCAGCGACGCCCGAGAGCUUCAAGGGCAGAUUGAGGAGAAGCGGAGACGCCUGCCCCGCCUGACAGCACCGCCCGAGCCCAGACCCAGUGCCAGCUCCAUGCAGCGGACUCUGCGAGCCUUUGAGCAUGACCUGCAGCUCCUUGUGUCCCAGGUACGGCAGCUACAGGAAGGGGCGGCCCAGCUGCGCACGGUCUACGCGGGCGAGCACGCCGAAGCCAUCGCCAGCCGGGAGCAGGAGGUGUUGCGGGGCUGGAAGGAGCUGCUGGCAGCCUGUGAGGAUGCCCGUCUGCACGUGAGCUCCACGGCUGACGCCCUGCGCUUCCACAGCCAGGCCCGCGACCUGCUCUCCUGGAUGGACGGCAUCGCAGGCCAAAUCGGGGCAGCUGACAAACCCAGGGAUGUGUCAUCCGUGGAGGUGCUUAUGAACUACCACCAAGGCCUGAAGACAGAACUGGAGACUCGUGUGCCUGAGCUGACGGCCUGCCAAGAGCUUGGGCGCUCCCUAUUACUCAACAAGAGUGCCAUGGCUGAUGAGAUCCAGGCACAGCUGGACAAGCUGGGGACCCGGAAGGAGGAGGUGACAGAGAAGUGGGACCGCCACUGGGAGUGGCUGCAGCAGAUGCUGGAGGUGCACCAGUUUGCUCAGGAGGCCGUGGUGGCUGAUGCCUGGCUCACAGCCCAGGAGCCUCUCCUGCAGAGCCGGGAGCUGGGCAGCAGCGUGGAUGAAGUGGAGCAGCUUAUCCGACGUCACGAAGCCUUCCGGAAAGCAGCAGCGGCCUGGGAGGAGAGGUUCAGCUCUCUGCGGCGCUUGACCACGAUCGAGAAACUCAAGGCAGAACAGAGCAAGCAGCCACCCACCCCCUUGCUGGGGCGCAAGUUCUUUGGGGAUCCCACAGAACUGGCGGCCAAGGCAGCUCCCUUGCUACGUCCAGGGGGCUAUGAUAGGGGCUUGGAGCCCUUGACCCGCAGGGCCUCGGACACGCUGUCAGCGGAGGUGAGGACCCGGGUUGGGUAUGUGCGCCAGGAACUCAAGCCGGAGCGUCUCCAGCCGCGCAUUGACCGGCUGCCCGAGGCCUCGGGGAGGGUAGAACCCGCCGUCCCGACAGCGGCAGCGUUGGAAACUACAACGGACACCCCUGGAAUUCCGGCGGUGGUGGAGCAAGUCCGGCCCCGGCCAGAGCGCCAGGAGUCAGUGGAUCGUGCGGAGGAGCUGCCGCGGAGACGACGGUCAGAACGCCAGGAGUCCACCGAUCAACCCGAGGAGGCGUCGCGGAGGCGGCGUCCCGAGCGCCAGGAGUCCGCGGACCACGAGGGGCCGCACAGCCUUACCCUGGGUCGCUACGAGCAGAUGGAGAGGCGGCGGGAGCGACGGGAGCGGAGGUUGGAGCGACAAGAGUCUAGCGAACAGGAGACUCCCGCCAGAGGAGAGCUGGUCAAAGGGAAGGCCACCCUGGCGGACAUAGUCGAACAGCUUCAGGAGAAAGAGGCAGGCCCGGGGCUGACUAGAGAGCCGUCGCUGCCUCAGCCUCGCGAGCUUCCCCCUGGUCGCCUGCCCAACGGGCUUGAGCCGCCCGAGCGGACACCUCGGCCGGAUCGGCCGCGGGCACGGGACCGGCCCAAGCCUCGCCGGCGGCCACGGCCUCGAGAGGGUGGUGAGGGCGGGGGAAGCCGGCGCUCGCGCUCCGCCCCUGCCCAGGGCGGCUCCGCCCCCGCGCCUCCGGCUCCGCCCACUCACACAGUGCAGCACGAGGGCUUCCUGCUGCGCAAGCGCGAGCUCGACGCUAACCGCAAGUCGUCCAACCGGUCAUGGGUGAGCCUGUACUGUGUGCUCAGCAAAGGGGAGCUGGGUUUCUACAAGGACUCCAAAGGCCCAGCAUCGGGAGGCACGCAUGGUGGGGAGCCGCUGCUCAGCCUACACAGAGCCACCGGCGAGGUGGCUAGCGACUACAGGAAAAAGAAACACGUCUUCAAGCUCCAGACCCAGGAUGGCAGUGAGUUCUUGCUCCAGGCUAAAGAUGAGGAGGAGAUGAAUGGCUGGCUGGAAGCUGUGGCAAGCUCUGUGGCAGAACACGCCGAGAUUGCCCGCUGGGGCCAGACACUACCUACUACGUCAUCCACGGAUGAAGGCAACCCCAAGCGUGAGGGCGGGGAACGCAGGGCCAGCGGGCGCCGGAAGUGAUGCCAGGUACCCUCCCCAUUUUUGGAAUCCGACCAGUCUCCUUGCCCCCUCCUCUCCGCGCUGUGGACACAAAGACAGCUUCUCAUCCCCCAGGCCAGGGAUGACUGCGGAUGUGCCACGGUGGGCCCCCGGGACGGAAGGGACUUCUCCUGCACUCCAAGAGGUGGUGGUAGGGGACUUCUGUCCCUAUAGCCAUAUCUUGGUCCCUUCCCGCUCGCCAACCCCACCCCAGGUGCUGGGGCUCCAUUCUUUUUAUGCAAUAACUGAGCUUGGUGGGGACGGGCAGGGAACCAGUUGAGCCAAGCCCCCUGCCCAAUCGUCAUAUCCUGCCCCAAGAAGCUGGAGUGGCGAAGGCUAUGGGAGGUGGUGAUAUUUUUUUGGCCUCCUCUCCGCCCUAAGGAUGGACACGGGGGUCGCUGGUGAGGUCCCCUGGACCAUCCAGGGUGCUAGGGGUUGGGGAGAGGACACAUUCCCUCCCUGCCUUUACCUCACUUCCAACGCUGCCUUGAUCUGUCUGGGAAGAGGGAGCGAAGGGGCCCUUAGCCCCUGCACUCCACCAUCUCAGAGCCAUGUGGUUAAUCCCCUGACUUAGUUUAUUUUUGCAAAAACGUAGACCUCCCUCUCCUAACCCCUGCCCCGCAUCCGCGAAGGCUUUUAAUAGAAGAGGAGUCAAAGUUCAAAACGGUCUUCCUCUCUUCUCCCCCAUCCAGCUGUAAAUGCCACUUCCCGAGGGGAAGGGGUUGGGGUUAGCCCUCCCCCUUGCAUGCUUCUGGCUGGACACCUCCCUGGGAGUCGGGGAGGAUCAGGGUUACAGGCAGCCCAAGUGGCUG